UUUUCGAUGGCGGCGGACAUCAUGGUCGGCGGAUCAACGGAUGGGUGGCGGCCGGGAGUCAACUACACGGAGUGGGCGGAAGGCAUGGAGUUCAUAGUCGGCGACAGACUCGUUUUCAGUUACCCUGCCGGGCUUCACAACGUGAUCACAGUGGACGAGGAAGCGUUCCGUUCCUGCAGCGCGCCGGCAGGAGCCAAUGCGCUCGUCAGCGGCCACGACGCGGUCAGCCUCAACAGCUCGGGGAGGAAGUGGUACAUGUGCGGCAAGGCCGACCACUGCAGCAAGGGCCAGAGGCUCCUCAUCGACGUCAUGCCCCUCGUCACCGUCUAUUCCACUUCCACCUCCGCACGCACAGACCCUCGCUCUGCAUUUACGGCUCUCAUCUCAGCAGUGCUCCUCUUCGUCAUGCCAUGAGCUUCUUCUUCUUCGGAUUGAUUUAUUUUCAAACAAACAAACAAAAAAACAAUAGCUAUUACAAUUUACAAUUGCUGUUAAA